AUGAGGCAUGAUGAAAGACUGAUCCCGCACAAGAAAAAUGAUGGCAAGGCCGUAAUCGCCCUUUUGUGUAAAGAAAGCAACAGUCCCAAAGUGUCUCCCGGGUUACCGGGUUACCGGGUGAAAUGGUCUACAGACGCCGAGCGAGCAUUCCAGGCCCUAAAAGAAGCCCUCAUCAGCAGCUCCGUGCUACGUAACCUGGACUUCGCCCUCCCGUUCACCGUGCACACAGAUGCAUCCGAGACCGGGCUGUGCGCGGUCCUCUCAGAGACCUUCGACGGGGAGGAGCACCCGGUCCUCUACAUUAGCCGAAAGCUAUCCCCAGCUGAGAGGAGAUAUGCGGCCGCAGAGAGAGAGGCCCUAGCCAUCAAAUGGGCCAUCGAGGAACUAUGGUACUACCUGGCCGGUCGGCACUUCGUCCUAGUGACCGACCACGCCCCACUCCAGUGGAUGGCCAAGGCCAAGGACACCAACGCCAGGGUAACCCGGUGGUUCUUGGCCUUGCAAGAUUUCUCGUUCCAGGUCCAGCACCGGGCGGAGGCCCACCACGGGAAUGCAGAUGGGCUCUCGCAACGAGACGCACUCUGGGCUCGCCACGCAGCGGUAGUAGGCUCGGAGCUGAGGGGGGGGUACUGUCACGACAGACCAACAGCCGGCGCGCAAGGUAUUAAAAUUGCUCUGUCCCCGACUACCGCGCAGGCACGGAAGGAACAGCCCCGCGUCAAAACCGACGGCAACCAGAAAGCACGUGAUGGUGGGGUAGAGCUGCCGAACACACCUCCGGCCAGUGAUUGGUGUGCCGAUCGGAAAAAAUCCAUCAUCCAGCAGACGAGGAAAACAACACAGGUGGAUUACCCGCUUCACUCAGAAAUUGUACAUACAAUAAAAGUUGCCCAGGACAAGAAGGACUUCAAAUGUGUGGAAAGCCUCCUCAGAGAUCUGACCAAAGAAAACCCAGAUGCUGUUAUUGAGUUGUCCAAUGAUGACUGGAUGAAAGACCCCAAUGUUCAGCUUCCACCAGCUGUGUUGGUGGGCCUCUGGUCUUUGGAAUACAAGCGGGAGCUGACGAGUCCACUGUGCAUUGCUGCAGCACAGGGUUUUACUGACUGCCUACUGUACCUGCUUGAGAAUGGAGCACAUCCUAAUCUCAGUGCAGGAGGAAAGGCGGCACUUCAUGAGGCAUGCACAAAUGAAAACACUAAAUGUGCAGAGCUACUCCUAGAGCAUGGAGCCAAUCCCAAUCAGCUGACAGAGGAUGGACUGGCACCUUUACAUAUGUGCAGGACACCCCAAUCACUCCGCUGUGCCAAGGCCCUGGUGCGUCAUGGCGCCAAUGUAAACCUUCCUACUGAGGAAGAAGAGGACACUCCAUUACUUGUGGCUGCAAGGCAUGGCCUGCCACACCAUGCCCAGCUAUUCCUGCGAUAUGGAGCAAACAUCAACCACACCAGCAGCUCAGGAGAAACAGCAUUAGGUGCUGCAUGUUUGGAAGCUCAGCAAAUGCCGGAAGAAGAUCAGGAUGAGGGACACCUUCAAGUCUGCAGUCUUCUUUUGAGUUAUGGUGCUAACGUGAAUCAAGCUGACAAUGAACAUCGCACUCCUCUUCAUAAGGCUGCCCGCAAUGUCCAGAUCAGCUUGGUGCAGCUUCUUUUGAAUCAUGGGGCAGAUAUCAAUGCCAUCGAUUACAAUGGUUGCUCACCACUGUCAAACGUGCUACAAAACGCUAUAUUACGUCAGAAAUGGCAGCCAGACAUUGUGGUUCAGACCCUGUUAAACCAUGGAGCCAUUAAAGUAUGGCCACAGGCAUUGCUGAAGGUAUUAACAGCCUGUGCAGCUGCUCCAAAAACUGUGGAAAUUCUGUUCAACUCCUACACGCUUGUACCUGUAACAUAUAAAUGGGCUGAAGCUAUUCCUGAAGACAUUUUCAAACUUUACAGGUCAUUUUAUGACUCUCUUUUUGCACUGGAAUACAAACCUCGCUGCCUGCAGCACCUGUGUAGAUCUGCACUAAGAAAGCACUUUGGGAAAUACUGUUACUUAUUUAUCCCCCAGCUUCCUGUCCCAAAGAUGCUACAAGACUAUCUCCUAUUGAAACCUGAAGGCUACAUCAACUAGAAGAGUGGAGGUUAACACAGUAUUUGAAAAAAAAAAAAAAAAACAUUCACUGAUACUGAAAUUGAUAUGAAAUUGCAUUUUUAUUGUAAAACUGUUACACCAUGACUUUACUUUAAUCUGCCAACUGAGAAUGUAUGCUUGUUAUGAUUAUUUUGCUUUUUUUUACUAUGUGUACUUAACAAAACAAACAGUUUGUUUUUAUAGUGGACUUGUGGUGUCAUUUAAUCACUUGCAUGCAUAAGAUUGUGCUCAUUUUUAAGAUUGUGCUGAUGUGUUGAAAGAUGUCUUUUUAGAACUUCAUAUUGUUUACUGCUAAACAGAGUUCUGUUUUGAUAAAUAAAACUAUUUGAGAUUUUCCUCUAACACUGCAUGUCAUUUGUAAAAAGCAGUAUGAGAUUCUGAAAAUGAGCUUAAAGUAGAGGUUAGCACUUAAAUUUAUUUUAUGGCACUUAAAGGUGCCAUAAAAUAAAAAUCCUGACAUCUCUUUUU